CCUCCCCUUCCUUUCGCCGCCGAGAUUUGACGUGUUCUCGCGACGUUUUGGUCUCUUCCUAGGCCGGUGCUCAGCACGUUCUUUCUGUGCUUUCAGAACAAGGCCAUGUUCAGUUCAAGCGCGAAGAUUGUGAAGCCGAAUGGCGAAAAGCCGGAUGAAUUCGAGUCUGGCAUCUCUCAGGCUCUGCUUGAACUGGAGAUGAACUCAGACCUAAAGGCUCAAUUAAGGGAGCUGAAUAUAACAGCAGCUAAGGAAAUUGAGGUUGGUGGUGGUCGGAAAGCUAUUAUAAUCUUUGUUCCUGUUCCUCAACUGAAAUCUUUCCAGAAAAUACAAGUCCGCUUAGUACGUGAACUGGAGAAAAAGUUCAGUGGAAAGCACGUUGUCUUUAUUGCUCAGAGGAGAAUUCUGCCUAAACCAACUCGCAAAAGCCGCACAAAAAAUAAACAAAAGCGCCCCAGGAGCCGCACUCUGACAGCUGUGCAUGAUGCAAUCCUUGAAGACUUGGUCUUUCCCAGUGAAAUUGUGGGCAAGAGAAUCCGUGUAAAACUGGAUGGCAGCCGGCUUAUAAAGGUCCAUUUGGACAAAGCACAGCAGAACAACGUCGAACAUAAGGUUGAAACGUUCUCUGGUGUGUAUAAGAAGCUCACAGGAAAGGAUGUUAAUUUUGAAUUCCCAGAGUUUCAGUUAUAAACAAAAUGAUUAAAUAAA